UUCGACUUUCACCAGCAGCCCAGUUCAGCAUACCCCACCAUAAGUAGUCAGGGACCGUCUAGGUGCUUGGUCUGGGCGCAGUCAGCCUAUCUAAACUACACCUCUCGCUUUUUUGCUUGCACUGUUCAACCUGUCACUCCACCCGCGAGGUCAACUCCGCAUAUUGCAACGGCACCACCACGCCCUACCCACGUUGCGCGUCACACAAUGUCGACCACAACCACCAACGACGAGAAGAGCGGCGUGCCCGCUCAUGAUGUUCACACCCCCGAGCAUUCGCUGAGCGACAGCAGCACGCUGGUUCUCCCCGACUCGUGGAAGUACAAGCGCUUCACUAUCUUCGGCUACAAGCUUCCCUGGUUCGCCUCACCUCCCGUGCAGCUUGUCAUUGUCUCGCUUGUGUGCUUCAUGUGCCCUGGUAUGUUCAACGCGCUCAAUGGCAUGGGAGGCGGCGGCCAGCUUGACCCCACCGCCAACAAUCAGGCCAACACCGCGCUGUACUCUACCUUCGCCGUCGUCGGUUUCUUUGCCGGCACCUUCACCAACAAGCUCGGUAUUCGCACUGCGCUUUCCUUCGGUGGUAUUGGCUAUUCAGUCUACGUGGCUUCCUACUUGAGCUACAACCACACCCAGAACUUGGGAUUCACCACAUUCGCCGGUGCGCUCCUUGGUGUGUGCGCCGGUCUGCUGUGGUGUGCCCAGGGUGCCAUUAUGAUGUCCUACCCUCCCGAGGAGUCCAAGGGCCGCUACAUUUCUUGGUUCUGGAUGAUCUUCAAUCUGGGUGCUGUGAUUGGCAGCUUGAUUCCCCUCGGCCAAAACAUGCACACCACCACAGCUUCCUCUGUCAACGAUGGUACCUACGUUGGAUUCCUCGUUCUCACCAUCAUCGGUGCUGCGCUCGCCUGGGUGCUCGUCGACGCACGAGAUGUCAUUCGUGCUGAUGGUUCCAAAGUCAUUGUCAUGAAGCACCCUUCGUGGAAGUCCGAGAUCAUGGGACUGUGGGAGACCUUCUUCACUGACCCCUUCAUCAUCCUUCUGUUCCCUAUGUUCCUAGCUUCGAAUUGGUUCUACGCCUACCACUUCACUGAGAUCAACGGCGCCUACUUCAAUACCCGCACUCGCGCCCUGAACGGCGUAGUAUACUACAUCAUGCAGAUUAUCGGGGCUUACGUCUUCGGUUUCGCUCUUGACUUCAAAGGUGUUCGCCGCACGACCCGUGCCAAGGGUGCUUUAUUUGCUCUCUUCGCCACAAUCAUGAUCGUAUGGGGAUUUGGCUACAUGUUCCAGAAGACGUACGACCGGGCCUGGGCUUCAGAUGAGACCAACCCCAAGAAGGACUGGUCUGACGCCGGCUACGCCGGACCUUUUGUUCUCUACAUGUUCUAUGGUUUCUCCGACGCUGCGUGGCAGACCUGCGUGUACUGGUUCAUGGGCGCUCUUACCAACAACGGCCGCAAGCUUGCCAACUUUGCUGGCUUCUACAAGGGUAUCCAGUCUGCCGGUGGUGCUAUCACCUGGUCCAUGGACAGCAACGGCAUCCCGUACAUGCACAUGUUUAUGAGCAACUGGAUUCUUCUCGCUGGCAGCUUACUCAUUGCUCUUCCCGUCAUCCUUAUCAAGGUCAAGGAUACCGUUCCCGUUGAGGAGGAUAUCGCCUUCACCGACGAGACCAUUACUGAGGUCGCCCCAAAGGCUCGCGUCUCCACUGCGAACGACGAGGUCGAGAAGGUCUAGGACCUUUCUCUUCUCCAGAUUUUACGAUUCACGAUACCAUCUCCAUUGUAAUACUCAAGGGGAUCUGUGUAGGUUGGAGAUUUUCAGCGGGGUCAUAGCAUGCUUGAUGCCACAGUUGGCACGAUUAUUUCCUGUACAUCUCUUCGCAGAGUCAUAUGGCCUGCUUAUCAGAUACUCAAACUACAGAGCUGUUUUGGCAGGUUUCUGCACGAUAUCCCCGUCCUUUCGUCUUCAGAUGCAUAAAGCAGAAGCAGUAGUAGCGAGUCCACAAAUCAAGCGUAUAAUCAAAUCACAACCUAUGCCUGACAGACCCAUAGCGAAUUUGCUUAAAGCUAAUUCGAUCACACCGUACCCAAUUACGCAGGCGUCUCAAACCCCCUGUCAAAUGGCCUGUCCACCAGCCUCACAUGCUUGUGGAAUUACAUGACGACCUUCCUUGUCGUCCCUUGCAAUGAG